UGGGCGCUUUUUUUGGUGUUAAAAAAAAGUAACUCUCAUUUGUUUUGCGCUUGAAGAGCGUCAUGGGAAAAACAAUUGACUGUCGUAAAAUAAGCCACAGUAGUGCGAUAGUGAUAAGCUUUCUUUUCCUAUAUUUUCCAUAAUAUUUUCAAUAUUAUUCCAUUAAAUGUAAAUUUUUUCACACUUUACAAUCGAGAUGCCACGCUGUUUAAUAAAAUGUCUAUUACGCUACAAUCGAAUCAACAAAAAUGAUGAAGAUUCAAAUUCGAAUAUCGCUUGUAUUGCGCCAGUGAUGAAUGCAAAAAAAAAGAAGAACAUGAAUAAAAAUAAUAAUAAAAAAUCUCCAAAUUUAUGGAAUUGUUCGAAAUUGUCAAUUGUCACGAGAUAUGGUUUCAAAGAUAAUGACGAAAUGCUUUGCACAACGAAAAUUCCCAAGGAACUUGAAUUAUGUUUAAUUAAUGAAAAUGAAAAUAAUUUCGAAUCAUUAUCACCAUCUGAUGAUUCUCCAUCAAGUGAUCAGGAAAUUUCCGACGAAUCACAAAAUAAUGAUAAUAAUAAUGAAAUAACAGACGAAUCAUCACCAAAUCCAGACGAUUUAUCCGAUGAAUCACAAAAUGAUUCGAAUUCAUCAAAUUCUGAAUAUCAGACAAAAAUUACAAAUUUCGAUAAUGACAAUUAUCAUUCAGAGAUAAAAAUUGAUGAAUUUCAACAAUUUUUUAUUAAUAGUGAAAAGAAAAAUUCAUCAUUAUCAAGAGAUAAAAUUAAAUGUAAUGGAGAAAUUAAUUCUGAAAUUUUGGAAUUUAAAAAAAAACACGAAUCCGAAAUUAAGACGAAUAUCUUACAGAUUCAAAAUUAUGAUGGAUUAAUUCAAAUUGCUGAUAAUUGUAAUGAAGUUCUUAAUGAAGAGACAUUCGACGAUCAUUGUUUGCCGAAAGAGAAAUCGAUGGAAAAAAUAAAUAACGAGAAUGAUCAGCCAAAUUGGAAGCGUAAUAAAGUCAUGCAUUGUUGUCCAUUUUGUAAUAAAAGUUUUGAUCGUCCUUGGGUGUUAAAAGGACAUUUACGACUUCACACUGGAGAACGUCCCUUCGAAUGUCCCGUUUGCAAUAAAUCCUUCGCCGAUCGAUCAAACCUGAGGGCUCAUCAAAGAACGAGAAAUCAUCAUCAGUGGGAAUGGAAGUGUGGAAUUUGUUUAAAAGCAUUUUCCCAACGUCGAUAUUUAGAACGUCAUUGUCCAGAAGCUUGUCGUAAAUAUAAAUUAUCCCAAAAGCGAAAUAUCCAGUAA